UAUGGAGAAUGUUUUUAAUUUUACGUAGAUGGGAAUGAUGAACAAUCCCAGUCCUUAUGGUUCACCAUAUGCUCAGAAUUCUGGACAGCAGAUUGGAGCGAGUGGCCUUGGUCUCCCAAUUCAGACAAAGACUGUACUACCAAAUAGCUUACCAUCUCCAUUUGCAAUGGACAAAAAGGCAGUUCCUGGUGGGGGAAUGCCCAACAUGGGUCAGCAGCCACCCUCAUCAGCCCAGCAGCCAGGCCUGGUGACUUCAGUUGCCCCUGGGAUGGGUUCUGGUGCACACACAGCUGAUCCAGAGAAGCGCAAGCUCAUCCAGCAGCAGCUUGUUCUCCUUUUACAUGCUCACAAGUGCCAGCGCCGGGAGCAGGCCAAUGGGGAAGUGAGGCAGUGCAAUCUUCCCCAUUGUCGAACCAUGAAAAAUGUUUUAAACCACAUGACACACUGUCAGUCAGGCAAGUCCUGUCAAGUGGCACAUUGUGCAUCUUCUCGACAAAUCAUUUCACACUGGAAGAAUUGUACAAGGCAUGAUUGUCCUGUGUGUCUUCCUCUCAAAAAUGCUGGGGAUAAGCGAAAUCAACAGUCAAUUCUUUCUGGAGCACCAGUUGGGCUUGGAAACCCUAGCUCUCUAGGAGUGGGUCAACAGUCUACCCCUAGCCUAAGCACUGUUAGUCAGAUUGAUCCCAGCUCUAUAGAGCGGGCCUAUGCUGCACUUGGACUACCCUAUCAAGUAAACCAGAUUCCACCACAACCCCAGGUACAAGCAAAGAAUCAACAAAGUCAGCAGUCUGGGCAGUCUCCCCAAGGCAUGCGACCCAUGAACAACAUGAGUGCUAGUCCCAUGGGUGUAAAUGGAGGUGUAGGGGUUCAGACUCCAAAUCUUCUUUCUGAUUCCAUGUUGCAUUCGGCCAUAAAUUCUCAAAACCCAAUGAUGAGUGAAAAUGCCAGUGUGGCCUCCUUGGGUCCUUUGCCAACAGCAGCCCAGCCAUCUAGUACCGGAAUUCGGAAACAGUGGCAUGAAGAUAUUACUCAGGAUCUUCGAAACCACCUUGUUCAUAAACUUGUUCAAGCCAUAUUCCCCACUCCGGAUCCUGCUGCUUUAAAAGACCGACGGAUGGAAAACCUUGUUGCAUAUGCUCGUAAAGUAGAAGGGGACAUGUAUGAAUCUGCAAACAAUAGAGCGGAAUACUACCAUCUCCUAGCUGAGAAGAUCUAUAAGAUCCAGAAAGAACUAGAAGAGAAACGGAGGACUAGGUUACAGAAACAAAACAUGCUACCAAGUGCUCCUGGCAUGGUUCCAGUUUCUAUGAAUACUGGGACUAACAUGGGACAGCAACAGCCAGGAAUGACUACUAAUGGUCCUCUACCUGAUCCAGCUAUGAUCCGUGGCAGCGUGCCAAACCAGAUGAUGCCUCGGAUACCUCCGCAACCUGGUUUGAAUCAGUUUGGUCAGAUGAAUAUUCCACAGCCCCCUAUUGGACCUCGGCAACCCUCUCCUCUUCAGCACCAUGGACAGCUGGCGCAGUCUGGGGCAUUAAAUCCGCCUAUGGGCUAUGGACCUCGAAUGCAGCAGGCUUCCAGCCAGAACCAGUUCCUCUCCCAGACGCAAUUUCCAUCUCAAGGAAUGAAUGUAACAAAUAUGUCAUUGACUCCGUCCAGUGGUCAAGCACCAGUGUCUCAAGCACAAAUGUCCAGUUCUUCCUGCCCUGUGAACUCUCCUAUAAUGCCUCCAGGGUCUCAAGGGAGUCAUGUUCACUGUUCAACUCUGCCUCAACCAGCUCAUCAGAAUUCGCCUUCUCCUGUUCCUAGUCGUACCCCUACUCCUCAUCAUACUCCCCCAAGUCUGGGACCUCAGCAACCACCAGCAACAGCAAUUCCAGCACCUGUUCCUACACCUCCUGCUAUACCACCUGGGCCACAGCCCCAAGCUCUACAUCCCCCAUCUAGACAGACACCUACACCACCAACACAUCUUACCCCUCAAGUUCAGCCUUCACUUCCUUCUGCUCCUUCUGCUGAGCAGUCCCAGCAACAGCCUCGCUCCCAGCAGAGCACAGCAGCAUCUGUUCCUACCCCAACAGCACCAUUGCUGCCUCCUCAGCCUUCAACUCCGCUUUCUCAGCCAGCUGUAAGCAUUGAAGGCCAGGUAUCAAACCCUCCAUCUACUAGUAGCACAGAAGUGAAUUCUCAGACUAUUCCCGAGAAGCAACCUUCACAGGAAGUAAAAAUGGAGGUUAAAAUGGAGGUGGAUCAACCUGAACCAGUAGAUGCUCAACCUGAAGAUACUCAGGAGGCUAAAACUGAAGAUGGUAAAGUGGAACCUACAGAAACAGAGGAGAGAGGCACUGAGUUAAAAACUGAAAUAAAAGAGGAGGAAGACCAGCCAGGUACCUCUGCUACACAGUCCUCCCCAGCUCCUGGACAGUCAAAGAAGAAGAUUUUCAAACCAGAAGAAUUACGCCAGGCUCUGAUGCCAACAUUGGAAGCACUUUACCGGCAGGACCCAGAGUCCCUUCCCUUUCGUCAGCCUGUAGACCCAAAGCAUCUAGGAAUCCCUGAUUACUUUGAUAUUGUGAAGAGCCCCAUGGAUCUUUCUACCAUCAAGAGGAAGUUAGAUACUGGACAGUACCAAGAACCCUGGCAAUAUAUAGAUGACAUUUGGCUUAUGUUCAACAAUGCCUGGUUAUAUAAUCGCAAAACUUCAAGGGUAUACAAAUAUUGCUCCAAACUGUCUGAGGUGUUUGAACAAGAAAUCGACCCAGUCAUGCAAAGCCUUGGAUAUUGUUGUGGCAGAAAGUUGGAGUUCUCUCCACAGACACUGUGCUGCUAUGGCAAACAGUUGUGUACAAUCCCACGUGAUGCUACGUAUUAUAGUUACCAGAACAGGUAUCAUUUCUGUGAGAAGUGUUUCAAUGAAAUCCAAGGAGAGAGCGUUUCUUUGGGGGAUGACCCUUCCCAGCCUCAAACUACAAUAAAUAAAGAACAGUUUUCCAAGAGAAAAAAUGACACACUGGAUCCUGAACUGUUUGUUGAGUGUACAGAAUGUGGAAGAAAGAUGCAUCAGAUCUGUGUCCUUCACCAUGAGAUCAUCUGGCCAACUGGGUUUGUCUGUGAUGGCUGUUUAAAGAAAACUGCACGUGCUAGGAAAGAAAACAAGUUUUCUGCUAAAAGAUUGCCGCCUACCAGACUUGGUACCUUUCUGGAGAAUCGAGUGAAUGACUUCCUAAGGCGACAAAAUCAUCCUGAAUCAGGAGAGGUCACUGUUAGGGUUGUUCAUGCUUCUGACAAAACUGUAGAGGUGAAACCAGGCAUGAAAGCAAGGUUUGUAGAUAGUGGAGAGAUGGCAGAAUCUUUUCCAUACCGAACUAAGGCCCUUUUUGCCUUUGAAGAAAUCGAUGGUGUUGAUUUAUGUUUCUUUGGCAUGCAUGUUCAAGAGUAUGGCUCUGACUGCCCCCCACCCAACCAAAGGAGAGUAUACAUAUCUUACCUCGAUAGCGUUCAUUUCUUCCGUCCUAAAUGCUUGAGGACCGCAGUCUAUCAUGAAAUUCUAAUUGGAUAUUUAGAAUAUGUCAAGAAAUUGGGAUAUACAACAGGGCAUAUUUGGGCAUGUCCACCUAGUGAAGGGGAUGACUAUAUCUUCCAUUGUCACCCUCCUGAUCAGAAGAUCCCAAAGCCAAAGCGCCUACAGGAAUGGUACAAAAAGAUGCUUGACAAGGCUGUAUCAGAACGUAUUGUCCACGACUAUAAGGAUAUUUUAAAACAAGCUACUGAAGAUCGAUUAACAAGUGCAAAAGAGUUACCCUAUUUUGAAGGUGAUUUCUGGCCCAAUGUUCUGGAAGAAAGCAUUAAAGAACUUGAACAGGAAGAGGAAGAGAGAAAAAGGGAAGAGAACACCAGCAAUGAGAGUACUGAUGUAACAAAAGGAGACAGCAAAAAUGCUAAGAAGAAGAAUAACAAGAAAACCAGCAAAAACAAAAGCAGCCUGAGUAGGGGCAAUAAGAAGAAACCUGGUAUGCCCAAUGUGUCUAAUGACCUGUCUCAGAAACUGUAUGCCACCAUGGAAAAGCAUAAAGAGGUCUUCUUUGUAAUCCGCCUCAUCGCUUGUCCUGCACCCAACUCUCUGCCUCCCAUUGUUGAUCCUGACCCUCUCAUCCCUUGUGACUUGAUGGAUGGUAGAGAUGCAUUCCUCACUCUAGCAAGGGAUAAACACCUGGAAUUCUCUUCACUCCGAAGAGCCCAGUGGUCUACCAUGUGCAUGCUGGUGGAGCUCCAUACACAGAGUCAAGAUCGAUUUGUCUACACCUGCAACGAGUGCAAGCACCAUGUGGAGACUCGCUGGCAUUGCACUGUGUGUGAGGAUUAUGACCUGUGUAUCACCUGUUAUAACACUAAAAACCAUGACCACAAAAUGGAGAAACUAGGUCUUGGCUUGGAUGAUGAGAGCAACAACCAGCAAGCAGCUGCCACACAGAGCCCAGGAGAUUCUCGCCGCCUGAGCAUCCAACGCUGCAUACAGUCUCUGGUACAUGCGUGCCAGUGCCGCAAUGCCAACUGUUCUCUGCCUUCCUGCCAGAAAAUGAAGAGGGUCGUGCAGCACACCAAAGGCUGCAAACGGAAAACCAAUGGUGGAUGCCCCAUCUGCAAACAGCUUAUUGCCCUCUGCUGCUACCAUGCCAAGCACUGCCAGGAGAACAAAUGUCCGGUGCCAUUCUGCCUCAACAUCAAGCAAAAGCUCCGGCAGCAACAGCUGCAGCACCGGCUCCAGCAGGCUCAGAUGCUCCGCAGGAGGAUGGCCAGCAUGCAACGGACUGGUGUGGCGGGGCAGCAGCAGGGUCUGCCGUCCCCAACUCCUGCUACUCCAACCACCCCUACUGGCCAACAGCCAGCCACCCCACAGACACCCCAGCCCCAACCUACUUCUCAACCUCAGCCCACGCCUCCCAACAACAUGCCACCCUACUUGCCCAGGACUCAAACUACUGGCCCUGUGUCCCAGGGUAAGGCAGCAGGCCAGGUGACCCCACCAACCCCACCUCAGACUGCCCAACCCCCCCUUCCAGGACCUCCACCUGCUGCAGUAGAAAUGGCAAUGCAGAUUCAGAGGGCAGCAGAGACACAACGACAGAUGGCUCAUGUACAAAUUUUCCAAAGGCCGAUCCAGCACCAGAUGCCCCAGAUGACGCCCAUGACUCCUAUGGGUAUGAACCCGCCUCCUAUGGCCAGAGGUCCUGGUGGGCAUUUGGAUCCAGGAAUGGGUCCCACAGGAAUGCAACAGCAGUCACCUUGGGCCCAAGGAGGAAUUUCUCAGCCACAGCAGAUGCCUUCAGGGAUGCAGAGGCCUGCAAUGAUGUCAGUGGCCCAGCAUGGUCAGCCGUUGAACAUGCCUCAACAGCCAGGAUUGGGGCAAGUAGGUGUGAGCCCUCUCAAACCAGGCACUGUGUCUCAACAAGCCUUACAAAACCUUUUGCGGACUCUCAGGUCUCCCAGUUCUCCCUUACAGCAGCAACAGGUGCUUAGUAUCCUUCACUCCAGCCCCCAACUGUUGGCUGCAUUUAUCAAGCAGCGGGCUGCCAAGUAUGCCAACUCUAAUUCACAACCUCUCCCUGGACAGCCUGGCAUGCCUCAGGGACAGCCAGGACUGCAACCACCUACCAUGCCUGGUCAGCAAGGUGUUCACUCCAACCCAGCCUUGCAGGGUAUGAAUCCUAUGCAGGUAGGUGUCCAGAGAGCUGGCUUGCCCCAGCAGCAGCCUCAGCAGCAGCUCCAGCCACCCAUGGGAGGAAUGAGUCCUCAAGCUCAGCAAAUGAACAUGAAUCACAACACCAUGCCUUCACAGUUCCGAGACAUCUUAAGACGUCAGAUGAUGCAACAGCAGGGAGCAGGGCCCGGAAUUGGCCCUGGAAUGGCCAACCACAACCAGUUCCAGCAGUCCCAAGGAAUUGGCUACCCACCCCAACAGCAACAGCAGCAACAGCAGCAGCGGAUGCAGCAUCACAUGCAACAGAUGCAGCAAGGGAAUAUGGGACAGAUGGGCCAGCUUCCCCAGGCUUUGGGAGCAGAGGCAGGAGCCAGUCUGCAGGCGUAUCAGCAGAGACUUCUUCAGCAACAGAUGGGAUCUCCUGCUCAGCCCAACCCAAUGAGUCCACAGCAGCAUAUGCUCCCAAAUCAGGCACAGUCCCCACACCUGCAAGGUCAGCAGAUCCCUAAUUCUCUCUCCAAUCAAGUGCGUUCUCCCCAGCCUGUCCCUUCUCCGCGACCACAGUCUCAGCCCCCCCAUUCCAGCCCAUCUCCGAGGAUGCAGCCUCAGCCCUCUCCACACCAUGUUUCUCCACAGACCAGUUCCCCACAUCCUGGCCUGGUAGCUGCCCAGGCUGCCAACCCCAUGGAACAAGGGCAUUUUGCCAGCCCAGACCAGAAUUCAAUGCUUUCACAGCUCGCUACCAAUCCAGGCAUGGCAAACCUCCACGGUGCAAGCGCCACGGACCUGGGACUGAGCACCGAUAAUGCAGACUUGAAUUCAAACCUCUCACAGAGUACACUAGACAUACACUAGAGACACCUUGUAGUAUUUUGGGAGCAAAAAAAUUAUUUUCUCUUAACAAGACUUUUUGUACUGAAAACAAUUUUUUUGAAUCUUUCUUAGCCUAAAAGACAAUUUUCCUUGGAACAUGUAAAAACUGUGCAGUAGCCGUGUGUGGUUUAAGCAAACAUGCCAGAUGAGCCUGAGGGAUGAUAGAUUACAAAGAAUAUAUUUUUGUUAUGGCUGGUCAAUCCAGCCGUUUUUCUCCCCUUGUGUGUGUGGUUCAAGUGUGCACUGGGAGGCGACUGAGGCCUGAAGCCAACCAUAUGCUCCUGCCUUGCACCUCCAAUAGGUUUUAUUAUUUUUUUUAAAUUAAUGAAAAUAUGUAAUAUUAAUAGUUAUUAUUUACUGGUGCAGAUGGUUGACAUUUUUCCCUAUUUUCCUCACUUUAUGGAAGAAUUUAAAAAAAAAAAGAACAUUUCUAAAACCAGAGGACAAAAGGGGUUAAUGUUA